CAAGACAACACAAUUUCAUUUGAGAGAUCGUAGUUGUGUUCCGUGUCAACGAAAAUAGUAGCUGGCUAGCUACUCUAGCACUUGGCCACCACAUAACUUUGUCUAAAAACACUUUCUUCCAGUAGCUCGCUUCCCUUCACUGUAUACGUUAUUUACCCCAAAAGCAGGCUGUUUUUAGCAGAAUAACGAAUUGGAGUUAACGUGCUAUCAGAGUAUCUGAACUUUCGAGAAGAAUUUCAGCUAGCAAACUGCAGCUGGCUAACGCGUUAGCAUAACUUGAUCGCUUACUUGGCCAUUCGAGAUCUAAAAAGUCGGCGAUAACUACAUUUAUUAACUUAUUUGAGGUGUCGUGGACCACUUGUUCGUCAAUCAAGCAUAAGCUGCAAGCAUUUGUUAGUAGCUAGCUACCGUUGCUAUUUAGACGAGGAUUACAGAGUUAGCUAGCCCCAGUCACCUGAAUACUAUUAUUCUUCGGAAGACAUGAACUCCAAUGUAGAGAACUUGCCGCCCCAGGUUCUGCGUCUGGUGUACAAAGAGGUGUCUGCACUAGCUGCAGAUCCCCCUGAAGGCAUCAAGAUCUACCCCAGCGAAGAAGACAUCACAGAACUCCAUACAGCCAUCGAGGGACCAGAAGGAACCCCGUUUGCCGGGGGUGUUUUCCGGAUGCGACUGGUCCUGGGGAAGGACUUCCCUGCUGCACCACCGAAGGGCUACUUCCUAACCAAGAUCUUCCACCCUAAUGUGGGCCACAAGGGAGAGAUCUGUGUCAACGUCCUGAAGAGGGACUGGAGGGCAGAGCUGGGACUCAGACAUGUAUUACUAACUAUCAAGUGCCUUAUGAUCCAUCCCAACCCUGAGUCAGCUCUCAAUGAGGAGGCUGGGCGUCUGCUCCUGGAGGACUAUACAGAGUAUGCGUCCCGUGCUCGCCUCCUGACUGAGAUCCAUGCCAUGGGGGGGCACGGGGGGACGUCAGGGGUGCCCCAGGACCCCGCCGAUGGCCCCCUGCCAAAAAAACAUGCAGGGGACCCUACCAAGAGGGCGAUGGGGCCAGGGGUUGCCCCCUCUGCUGCUCUGGGUAACGGAGCCAAUGGAAGCAGUACUACCUCCAGCAGCAGCAGUAGUAGUAGCAAUAGUAAUGUUGUAGGGAAGAAGAAAACUGAUAAAAAGCGAGCGUUGAGACGACUCUAAUGCUGCUUGAAGUCUUCUCUGUGUGUGUGUGUGUGUGUGUGUGUGUGUGUGUGUGUGUGUGUGUGUGUGUGUGUGUGUGUGUGUGUGUGUGUAUACUGAAUAUUGUUCCCCUCUCCCAGACUCUUUCUAUACCCCUGACUCUGUACUGUCCCUUUUGUACUCAUUGCAUCUGGUAUCCCUGUUCAUUCCUUAUUGCCAUAUAUUCUCCCAAUCCCCUGUGGAUAAAUCCAUUUGCAUUCAAUUACUUUUUGACAGCACCCCUUUUUGAUUUGAAUGAAACCUUCCGUACAUAUUUGUCUGUUGUAGAAGUGCUCAGAAAGUGAAUGUCAAAACACAAAAGAAAAAGGUGCUCAAAUUUGCCCCCUUUUGCAGACCCCACCACACAAUGAGACAUCCAUGUCUACAUCACUGGAAAAGAGAAACGGUUGAGAUUUGAUAUAUUUUAAAAGCUUGCAAACAGGGUUGUCAGACUAUUUAGUCAUUUCUUGUUUGGGUGGGGUAUGCAAAAUGGGGCAACUUUGAGCACCUUUAUCUCCUGAAUGUUUUUGGCAUUUCGGUCCAGAAAGUCCCUUUCUGACCACUUCUUCCAUGGGAAAACAUGUAUGUAAAGUUGUUUAAAACAAAAGGGAUGUUGUGAAAAAGUGACUGACUUCAAAUAGGUUCACCGCUAUGUGUUAGUUCUCUCCAUGGUUCCUCACUGUCAUGAUCUGAGAGGUUUUAUUGUGUUUCAUACACAGCACUAGUGAUUGUGUGUGUCAUACACUAGCUAGACUGUUUGAGCUUCAGUCUGACUCAUCUCCCCUAUCUGAAAUUAGGCUUCUUUGUGUUCAGUGUUCACUAAACAAAAUGUCUUAGAUAUUUUGCAAAAACAGAAAAUAACUCUUUCCCCACCCCCUUGACAUGGCUCCUGUUGCUGAAAUGGUACCGUGUACUGCCCAGCUAGCUCGUGUUGGGAAACUGGUGAGAUGUUUUGUCACGUUUGAGUUGAGUUACCUUAUAUGAAAUCAGGUUGUCGUAAGGGUGGAGGACUUAUUAGAUUAUGCAAUGUUUUUUGAUUCCUAGAGUGAAACAAAACAUGAUGAGAUGGUCAUUCAUUGGGUAGUCAAAUGAGGAAGCAACAAUGAGAAGUUUUCCUAGAAAAUGUUUGUCUAGUAGUGGUCGAAAUGAGAUGGACACGAAGGGAGCAACAUUUGGUCUGAUUAUUACUUUUAAAAAUGAUUUCACCCCUAUUUUUUUAUAAAUGUUUAUCCCCAUGUAUGACUAUUCUGUUUUUGUAUUUUUACAAAAUUGUCAUUGUUUAUUCAUUGUCCAGUAUUUGCAAGAGUGGUUUUAAAGUGACAUGUCUAUAUUCAGAUGUCUUGGUGCGUGUAUGAAGUAGGUUAUUGUCCAUACAGGAUUAGGUUAGGGUGCAGGAUUGUGCAUAUCAUUGAUUAUUAAUUAUAUCCCAUAUAUAAUUAUGGAUAUUUAUUUAUAUGGUCAUAGCUACACAUCUGGUCUUUAGUACUAAUUUGCCAAUAGUGUACUUGUGAACCUUUAUUGUUAAACGUUUUUAAUUUGAUUUGUAUGGAUCAAAUACCUGCUCCGGUCGUAUGCACUAUCCAGCUCCUAUCCUGUUCCCAUAUGGGCCAGAUUUGGGAAAAACAAUGUAUUUGUCAAUAGGGAAGCCUCAACAGAUUUGACAGAAAGGAACUCCCCGGUCGAUGAUCUCCUCUGGCUGGGUUUCCCGGGCAUGUUUUCUCCCUCCGUUCUUAAUGCAUGUUGGCGUCUACAUUUCCCAGGGAAACAAUCAACAGUUGUCUUUUACUUCGGUGGAAAAAGGUGCCUGGGAAAAACAGUCAUUGUGCGAUAAUUAACGGGUGGGUAUUUUUGUGUCCAUUUUAAGUUAUUUAAAUUAAUAAAUAAGAAAUAUUUGGGAAAAAAAUGUAUCAUUUAGUUCUUUCUUCAGUGUUGGUAAGAUAUUGAAAAUAUUACGGUGUGAAUAGCAUUGCUUUCUGUGGUACAGUAGUAUAAUGACAGAAGGGAGAUAUCAGAUUUUUAGAGAGCCCCCAAUGUAGUUUGUCUAUCUGGGGCAUAUUUCAUAGUAAAAACAGGAUUAAUUUCCUCUUCAUCUGUAAAGGUCUGAGAACACGGGAUGGGUGAAAAGCAGCAGGGGAAACGAGUUGGAGGGAGCCACUACACUGUUGAGCUCCACCCAUUGUGUCAUGAAUUCCAUACACACCUGUUUAGUCUAGUGGAAUGUGCCCCCAGCAAGCAGGCUGUCAGUUGAUGUACGUAAUGAAGGGCUCCUUCCUCUGGCGUGGCUGCAGUGAGCAGCCUGCAGAGAAACCAGCUACCCAUCUGGUUGGAAAUAUGUCUGACAUCCUAGUAUUGCCCUCAGACACCUGAGUGUUGGGCUGGAGGUGACGUUAGGAAACCUCCUGUUUAGAAAGGUUUUUCACCUUCUAGUCCCCAUCCAGUGGAACGGUUGAUUCAACCGUCUAUCAGAGUACCCUACCACCUUGACGAUUAUGGGGAUAGAAAAUACGGAGUGGCUGCGGAUCCAACUUUUCUGGCCCCAUCUUCCCAACAGCUGAAGGUCCCGAAGCUUUUGCUCGUGUGAAAUUCUCUACCUUACACACAGUCUUGGCUUUACUCAUAAAGAACAGGCUACUGUUGCGACUGGCGCUCGUCUAGAUAGUUAGAUCAAAGUUGAAACAAUGUCUGCAUAAACACUGAUACUGGUCUACAUAACAGAACCAAAAAGAGUAGCAUACUAUGUUACUGUGUAAUUUCUUCUGAGAUUUUAGGAUGAUUGUACAAAUGGUCACAUUUUUCUCCAACACAUCGUGCUCCAUUAGGCAAAAUAUUUUAUUUUGAGCUAAGCACAGCUAGUCUAUGCUUCAGUUUGUUAACUCCGUCUGCUUGUUAACACGUUCACUCACUACAUAAUAGAACAACACUGUAGGGUACUUCCUAUCUGCACUGUAGGGUGAUUCCUAUCUGCACUGUAGGUUACUUCCUGACUGCAGUGUAGGGUAAUUUGUGACUACACUGUAGGGUACUUCCUGACUGCAGUGUAGGGUAAUUCGUGACUACACUGUAGGGUACUUCCUGACUGCAGAGUAGGGUAAUUCGUGACUACACUGUAGGGUACUUCCUGACUGCAGUGUAGGGUAAUUCGUGACUACACUGUAGGGUACUUCCUGACUGCAGUGUAGGGUAAUUCGUGACUACACUGUAGGGUACUUCCUGACUGCAGUUCUAAAUAUGCAUAUCCCCCUGAAACAGAUAUGAUUGGUAUGCAGAUGCUGCACCGGUAAUACUUGAGUUAUCAUUCACAAUUGAUAGAAAUGUGAAGGGAGGUUCUCUAGGAGUAGAUCUGAAACUGUGUAAAGUACAGAAUCUUGCACAUGCACAAAAGCUUCGGGACGUAACGCGUCACGUAGCCGCCUAGAUGAAAGUCUUCGGGUGAAGUCUGGGGAGGUGCAUCUGCAAUAGCAGAAAGUUGGACACUAGUGGGUUUCCAACAGCAAGGCUCAAAUCAACAUGGCAGUGUCAACAUAGCUGCUGUUUGCAAAAGUUUUUCAGAAUAAAUGUGAAAGUUUAUCACACACUCACAAGCUGAAAACUUAAUGUGUGUACAUUUAAAUGAUUAGAAAGUCUAAUAUCGCAGGUGAUGAGAAGCAACUGCGGCGGCGACUUCAAAAACUGCAUGACCUUUGAUCACAUGAUUUUUGUAAAGUUCAUGCAGUCGACAUGUAGGCGCAAUGCGGACAAUUUUUAUAACUAUAAUGCAACACACUUUAAAUGGUAGUGACCAACGAUAGUCACGAUUUGACAAAAGUGAUCCACUUCAACGUGCCCAACUUUACAUAAAUCAUGUGAUCAAAGGUCAUGAAGGUUUGACUGCAGUCGACAGUAAGUUUCUGCAGGUGCUCUUCACCAACUUCAUCCUGCAGCCAUCACCUGCAUUGUGGGAGGCUCUAUUGUCAACCAAUCAUUAGUUUUUUAUAUGACCCACACCAAUGUGACCAAAGACAUGACUGAAACAGGAACCAACUUUGCUGCAAUUCAUGUAUACAGUGGAUAUGUACAAAUGAAUGUGAUAUUUGAGGCUCUCCUUUGCCAAUUGAUCGUAAAAUGUGCACACAUAGUGGCAAGAAAAAGUAUGUGAAGCCUUUGGAAUUACCUGGAUUUCUGCAUAAAUUGGUCAUAAAAUGUGAUCUAAUCUUCAUCUAAGUCACAACAAUAAACAAACACAAUCUCCUUAAACUAAUAACACAA